AAGAACUAUCGUGCUGUAGUCAAAAAGUGUAACUAUAAUGUUCGUCGUGGCAGUGAAGGGCUAAGAGAGUUGCUGAACACAAAACUUGUCUUAUUUUACUAUCAUUAUUAUCACGAUCUAAGCGUCUCAUCGGGAUCAUGACAUAUACCUUCCUUCAUAGAAUAGAAUAAAGAAACAACAAGGUUAUACGCAAAAGAUGAUCAUGCGCUGUAGGACGAAUUUUCAGUUUCCCCAUGUGGUGCAAUCUUCGACCUUCAUCACCUGAACUACACAAGGCUCCCUGCUAACACACGCAUCUUAUCCGCGCUCCGCUUCAGUCAUCAUACGUCAUAUUGAGCAGCAGUCCGUUGUCUUGGUGUUACUCCUCAAGUUACAGUGAACAGACUAGUGAUAUAGACAAACUAGAUACACAUUACCCCAGUCCCGUGAAAACGUUUGCCAGCUUGUACUAAAAGACAGUGCAUCAGUGAGCGGAGGGAGAGCUUUGUUAAAACUCUCCUAGUGACUGGACGAACAGCUCCCUAUGUUGUAAAAGUAGGAAAGGUGUUUGAAUUUCGAGCUUUUCAUCAAGAUGGUUGCAGAUGCAGUGUAUGUGGGGCCACACCCAGAAAAAUUGGCUGAUGAAGCUGUAGACCAUCGGAGCGACAACAUUCCUGCCAUGGCGCUGAUGGUUUAUGAGAACGCUCCAAGAAAGGAAAUUGGGCAGAACUUUGUGAUAGUGGAAGCCGGCACUGACAUGAGAGAGGAAAGUGACAGCGACGAUGACCAAGAGAGUGGUGUCCUCUACAUAAAGGAGGAAAAUGAGUAUGAGCUGCUGUCACCACACCUGGCCCCAGUCAUCAUACAAAACAAAGGAGAUAGCGAUGACAAGGCAGUGAAUUCUACGCCAGGAGUACUCGAGUGCUCGUUGCCCUGUCACUCAGACGACAGUAACCAGGGCAAGAAGUUGAAUGAAAACCUGUCAAGAGUCAAGAAGAGUCAGCAGAGAAUGUUACUUGCCAAACAGUGGAUAAAGGACUACUUGCUCCUUGUUGCCACCAGUGUCAGUAUGGUGUCCUUAGAAAACAUAGAGAAAGCCUACAUUAACAGCUGCCAAGAGAAAGGUCAAGAACCACUUAACACAUUUGUGCUUGCUCGCCUCAUUCACCAAGUGUUUCCAGAGGCAGUGAAGUGCCGUCGUGGAUCUCGUGGCAGCCAGAAAAUUCAUUACAGAAAGUUGCAGUGGAGGAGUGGCUGCUCCCCCAACCAGGAUGCCACUUUGCCUUCAGAGAACAACACUGAAGAAAAGAUACCAAGUGAGGAACUAUCUUCUGCAGAAGCACAAAGCAAGGAUGAGAAUGCUCCACCACAAAGUGCAAGCAGUGAGGAGGAGGAGGUGGUGGUGGUGCAAAAGCCAAGACAUGUUAAUGAACAGAUGUAUCAUGCAGUCCAGGAACUAGUAGAGAAACAAUCCAACCAGCCUGUGCCCAAGGGUGAGGACACGGAUGAGAAGGGAUGCCAGGAUGCUGCCCAACACUUUACCAAAGUAGUGAAAUCUGUUAAACUAGAGGGAAAAUUUGACCUGCUUCUAAAAAUUUUUGCACACAGCGCUUCAUGCAGCAACUCUAAAUGCAACUCGCUCUGCCUCAUGUUUCGCAGAGUGCGUCGCCAUGUAGUGAAUGCACGCCAUCCCUGCUCUGUCAUGCGCAUAUACUCUGUGCUGCUGAAACUACAUGUGGCACGCUGCAACGACACCAAAUGCGGCAUGACAACAUGUCCAGCCCUGCAAGCCUCUCGUCAGAUGAAGCGGGGCAGGGAUGAGGACUUCCAGGAUGAGCUACAGCAGCAACAAUGUGAUGGGCCUCAGCGCUCGACAAAGAGACCCAGUCUUUUGAUAAUGCGGAACAGGAUGCCGUCACCAGCCGGUUCCCUCCCAGACUCUCAGCCCAACACUCCCUCACCACCUCCAGCCCUUCUCAACCUCCCUCACCAAGAAUCAUUCCGCCAUUCCCCGUGGAAGUACGCCAUGUGGUUAAGCCUCACACAGAGUGUGAAGGUGCCUAGGUGCUAAGUGCUCAUCAUUGUGCCUUUUAGUCUCUCUGGUGUUCGUAAAACAUCAAGAGACUGGCAUGACAUGGAAUGUGGAUGCUGGUGAUGAUUGUACAAGAAACAGAGUGGCCAAUGCUUUCAAAGAAGAGAUGCAGUCCUUUGCAAGGAUCCCUAAAUGUUCGAGUCACUAUUCAAGAGAUGUUUCAUGGCCACUAGGCAAGAUAUUGCUAGGAACUUGUAAGUAAGUUUGAUUCUGUUUUUGGUAUGAGAUGCCAUUUAUUUCACUUCAAAAGACAUGUCUGCUGAAAUUUAUCAUUGAUAUGAAAGUGGAAGGUUAAAGUAAGAUCUUGAAUUGUUAAUUUGAAAUUAUUGUUUGUUGUGGCAUAAAGAAUACAUUUUUUUAUUUUUUAGGUUGAUGGUUAUGAAAACAACGUAGAGAAACUUCUUUCUAAUUCUGGAGUUAAACAGAAAGAAAAUGGACAUAGAUUGUGUUUGGAAAUUAUUAUAUAAUGAUUUUUCUGUGAAUGAAUGAGAGGGAGUCACUUUAUGAGGCGUGUGUGAAGUGGUGAGGGGCAGUAUAUGAAGCAGCCUGACUGUGGAAACAUUGAUCCUCCACUCUGCACUAGCCUGAUAAGUCACUCUCUCUCUUCUCUCUUAGGUGACAUUAUAUUUUUUACAUUUCUACCGAUCAUAUAUAUGUAUAAGUUAAAAGAAUAUUUCUUCAAUAUUUGAAUUUAUUUUUAUAUGUGGAUAUACUCUAGUUAUGUACAUAAUACCACAAUGCAGUCACUGAGCAGGAUGAUCAGUAAGGGAUCAUUGUGACAGAUUUCAUUCUCAAACAAUUGAGAGAUUACAGUGAAAAGAGAGGACAAAAGCCCUCAUGGUAUAUAUGAGCAAUUCCUUUUUCAAACCUUUUACUACACUACCUGAUUACCAACAUGGGCCUCGCAGCGGGUGAAGUGUUUGUCCUGUGGCAGAUUGUGCUCAGUGAUUUUGUGAUGUUUACAUAUUAGCUAGCACUCAGUAUUUAAAUAUGCUAAAGCAAUUGUACAAUGAAGAACAUUAACUAUAGAACCAAUUUGAAUCACUACCUCUGAAUUGCAUACAGAAGCAGAACUAUGUAGUACUUUAGCUUGCAGUCUUCUUAAAAAAAAAAAGGAAAAGGUGUGUAAAGUGUUAAAAGCCACAAUAUACACCGCUACUUGACUACUGGGACUUACCUAAGGUCUGCCAAUUGCAAAAAAAUAAUAAUAACAUGUAUCA